AUGACGACCUACAUACCCUCGCUCACUCUUCCGGACGCCGUCUUCAACAACGUCCCGGCCUCCAUCCUCCUGCCCAUCGCGCUCGGCUCAGCAGUAGGAUAUGCCACGAGACGUAUGGAUAUGAGACCCCCCCCCCGGUGCUUCCCCCACGUCAUGACCGAAUCCCUCACCCUGAACCAACCGCCCCUCCGUCCGCCGGCAGCCGUCUUCCCGCCCGUCUGGACCACGCUCUACGGGCUGAUGGGCUAUGCCGCUCACCGCGCCUUCAGCCUCGGAACCUCGCCUUUCAAUAGCCCCGGAACGGUCUCCGCAGCGCGUCACGGCGCCACCCUCUACACGAUCCAGCUGGGCAUCAACCUUGCUUGGAUGCCUCUUUUCUACGGCCUGAACCGCCCCGUCCUCGCGACCAUCGACGUCGCCACCCUCUUCGGGAUCAACUCGUACCUGGCCUGGCUGUGGGCGACCAAGGUGGACAACCUGUCGGGUUGGUUGCUGGCUCCUUACGUGGCCUGGCUCGGCUUCGCCACUUACCUCUCGUUCGGGACCGGGUAUCUGAAUAACUGGGACUUAAGUCCCACGUCUGCGGCGCGUGCGGGGAAGGGAGAGGGAAAGAAGAACGCGUAA